GGAAAGCUGGUCUGUAGGAUGCCCUGAGCCACCCCUAGUGUGGCCUCUGCAGUGGCCUCGGUUUCCCCAUCUGCUAACUUGGAUAAAUGACGCCUGCUCUCUGCACCCUGAAGAUAAAGCUCUAAGACCCGGAGUGAGGAAGGGUCCCGCGCUCGGCGCAGGCUCGUUGUCGUGCCCCAGGCCCUGCUGCUCGGCGCCCCUCCCUCGUCCUCCGUCCUCCGCUCUCUCCUCCGCCUCCCCUGUUCCCCGCCCCUGCGGUUCUCGGCUUCAGCUUCUGCUGUCCUUCCCAUCGCUCACGCCUCCCUGUGCCCGGGUAGCCACUCGCUGCCGCCCGAGACCCCGCCACCCCGCAGGCCGGGCCAAGCCUCAGCACAGGCGACCAGCGCGCGUCCCGGCGUCCUCGAGGAGCGGGAUCGCCGGCUCCGACCGAAGCCGACCCAGGGCCAGACCUUCUCAGUGCAGGAAGGACCCAAGGGAGUCCAGAGAUCCGGUGGGACUCUGGAGUAGGUCAGAGGUCAGGAAGGGGUGAGAGAGCUGCUCUCGCCGAUCAUUCCCAGGUGCUAUGCUGCUGCUCCUGCUGGGUUUGCUAAGCCCGGCGGCCUGCUGGGCACUGGGCCCGGCCAGCCCUGGCUCCCCAGAGCUGCGGUCAGCCUUCUCUGCAGCUCGCACCACCCCGCUGGAGGGCACGUCGGAAAUGGCGGUGACCUUCGACAAGGUGUACGUGAACAUCGGGGGCGACUUCGAUGCGGCCACCGGGCGGUUCCGCUGCCGCGUGCCCGGCGCCUACUUCUUCUCCUUCACGGCCGGCAAGGCCCCGCACAAGAGCCUGUCGGUGAUGCUGGUGCGCAACCGCGACGAGGUGCAGGCGCUGGCUUUCGACGAGCAGCGGCGGCCGGGCACGCGGCGCGCUGCCAGCCAGAGCGCCAUGCUGCAGCUCGACUACGGCGACACGGUGUGGCUGCGGCUGCACGGCGCUCCGCAAUACGCGCUGGGUGCUCCCGGCGCCACCUUCAGCGGCUACCUGGUGUACGCUGACGCCGACGCGCCUGCGCGCGGAGCUGCGCCCCCGGAGCCGCGCUCCGCCUUCUCGGCGGCGCGCACGCGCAGCCUGGUGGGCUCGGACGCUGGCCCCGGGCCGCACCACCGGCCGCUGGCCUUCGACACCGAGCUGGUCAACAUAGGUGGCGACUUCGACGCGGCGGCCGGCGUGUUCCGCUGCCGCCUGCCCGGCGCCUAUUUCUUCUCCUUCACGCUGGGCAAGCUGCCGCGCAAGACGCUGUCGGUGAAGCUGAUGAAGAACCGCGACGAGGUGCAGGCCAUGAUUUACGACGACGGCGCCUCGAGGCGCCGCGAGAUGCAGAGCCAGAGCGUGAUGUUGCCGCUGAGGCGCGGCGACGCCGUCUGGCUGCUCAGCCACGACCAUGAUGGCUAUGGCGCCUACAGCAACCACGGCAAGUACAUCACCUUCUCAGGCUUUUUGGUGUACCCCGACCUCGCUGCCGCCGGCCCGCCGGCUCUCAAGCCCCCCGAGCUCUGAGCCUCAGCUUGGGGGAACCCAGGAAGGCCGUGGGGUGUGCAUGCCGAGCCGGGACCGCAGCCCGAACGCCUCACCAGCCCGAGCAUAACAACCUGCUCAAUGCGCCUCUACUCUUCCAAUAAAAUGGGCCUGCCUCUGUCAGCCCUAGGGCCCUGCCCUGUGUCUUGA